GUUCGGUUCGCGAUUGAGAGUUUGAGACCUUUCCACUCUUUUUUUGCCUCUUUGCCCCCUUUCUUUUCCUUUUCUCAGGUAAUUUCUGCCUGCAACUUUCCGGACUGGCCGUCCCCGACCAAUGUAAAUUAUCUUCCAUCCCAUGUCUACCUCUACUGUUGACAGCGGGGUUCUCGAAUUUUCAAAGUGAAUGGCACCGCGGGCGGGAUGCGUGAGUGCUUCGACAAGACACUUCAUAGACGAGCUGCCUGCCCCGCACACGGCACAAAAUCGCAUUUCUUCAACACGCUUCUCCGUUUCUACUACCAUAUCAGUCACGUUGUUUACCAACUUCCUCUCACAACAUAGUCUAUCAUCAAUUAACUUGCAAUCACCAUGGCAGACACCGAGCAGAGCAACAAGGGUGGAAACCCUGAUUCAGACGUCGGCGAGCAAGGUCGCGCUGGGGAUACCGUGAGUCCAGGCUCCAAACCCACCAGCAAGUUCAGCGGGCAAAUCUUCGGCCCAGGCAUUUCCGACAACGCAACAAAAGACCGAGCUAUCUCCACGGCCGGUUACGCCCUACACCAAGAGCUCCACCAAACCCCGAACCACGUCUGGAUGGCCUUCUUUACCGGUGCCUCCUGGACGAAGACGGCUAGUCCCUCGGGCGCCUACUCCGUCGUCUUUCCAUCCCGCAACUCAAUCGAUCAUCGCAAACUGGCCAAGAUGGCUUGGUACAUGGCCUCCUCCUCGGGGGUGGUUAACGAGAAAAGACUUGCCGGCCUGGCCAUUGCGCAGGCACUCUACAUCGCGGACAACAGACUGCGUGCCCUUCUCCACGAUGGGCGGCAGCCGAAGAAAGCGACUGUAAAGGUGUUUGUGCAUUGUGUGGAGACGCUCCAAAACAUCGACGACCCUAGCAGCAUCGGGGGUGAUGGAAGGGAGGCGCAGCUGGAAGUUGUUAAGUUGAUCGAGGAUCUUUCAUACAGCCUCUGCAAUAUUGCUGGCAUCAAUUGGCUGCCGGCGGACUAUAGGAAGAUGGUGUGCGCUAGGGACUUCGCAAAGCGGUGUCGUCGGAAGAAAGGCAGGAAGGAUUUGUAUUACGUUGGGACCGAGGUGAGAGAUGCUGGGCUGAUGCCUGAGGGCGUUUCUGGCUUCAUUGAACGGGAUACUGCGGAAGAGAGCCAGCACGAUAUGAUGGAGGAGUCAGGAACGGCCGUGUCCAUGGCGGAAGAGGAUCAGGCGGGUCUUCACCAGGCGGCAAACCCAGAUGACCAGGAGAUGGCUGAGGAGGAGGCUAUGGCUAGCGACCAGGUUCCGAACGACGAGCUGGGCGGGAACGAGGAACAGGCAUCGAUCAAUCAGCAAAUCCGUGCUGAAUGCUACCAGCAGCGAAUUUACUUCCUCCGCGAGCAAAGGACCCAGGACCGUAUGGAGUUUGGCGUUGUUCUGGGUUCCUCUUUGUGGGGGAUGUCUUUGCUGUCACCAUAG